UAAAAGUUCAAGGUUGUUGUUAAUUAUAAAAAGUAGCAUAAGCUUUUUAUCGAUAAGUCAUCGGCAUUGCGAAAUGGAAAGUAUUGUGAGGACUUCUAGGAGGCCGACUAUCAAGCAUGGUACUUACUGUCUUCAGACGCUGAAAGUUUCGAAACACCAAGCAUUUACCUAUGCCUAUUUUCAAAUUUUCCAUGAGUCAAGAUAAGCCUUGAUAAAGAAACAAGAUAUUUCAUCUCCAUGAUGUUUUUGAAUAUACCCUAACCUGAAACAAUCAGAAACGAG